GUUUCCAGUCGGAACUUUAUAGUGUGACAUCAAGUCGUUGCUCGGUGCCGUGGAAGUGCAGGUAAUUAUUUCAUCGGUUAUCAAGCAACAAUGUCUUCAGUUGAGGGUUUGAGAGAGUUUGUCAACGAGCGACUAUCUGCUGCUGCUGAAGAAAUAUUCGGAGUUUUUAAAAGAACCAUCGUCGAGUACCAGGAAGAGAUCGACCGGCAGCGCGGACUGUUGGCUGUUUUAUUGAAACCCGAAGUGAGGUUACACCGGAUAGAGCUCCCGCAGUCACGUGUCUGUAAGGAGGAGGAGGUUCUCUGUGACCAGCAGCUCUGUCUCCAGGAGUGGAACCCCAGUCUGGACCAAGAGGACCCAGAUCCUCCACAGAUUAAAGAGGAACAGGAGGAACUGUGCAGCAGUCAGGAGGGAGAGCAGCUUGAACCGAAGCAGGAGGCCGACACCUUUACGUUGACUCCCACUUGUGAGGAAACUGAUCACAGUGAUGAUGAGACUCCGUUUUUGAAUCCUGACAGAAGUCCGAGUGAAUCAGAGACAGAGCCUCCAGCUAGCACGUGUACCAGCGGGUUAGAUGAGGAAAUAGACUGUGAACGUUUUGUGGUACCAGAACCAAACGACACUCAAGAAUCUCAUAGACAAGAUCAGAAAGGAGUAAAACAAAGUUUAACUUCAGACAAGGAGCCACAACAGCAGAUUCUGGCUCCUCCAGGUGAUCGACCAUAUUUAUGCAACACUUGUGGGAAAACAUUCACUGAAAAAUUUAAUUUGAAGGCUCAUAUAAGAAUUCAUACUGGGGAGAAGCCAUAUUCAUGCACCACCUGUGGGAAAACAUUCACUCACAUAUCUUCUUUGAACUCUCAUAUAAAAAUCCAUACUGGGGAGAAGCCAUAUUCCUGCAACACUUGUGGGAAAACAUUUCAUACCAAAUCACAUUUGAAGUAUCAUACAAGAAUCCAUACUGGGGAGCAGCCAUAUUCCUGCAUCACCUGUGGGAAAACAUUCCUUCGGAUAUCACAAUUGAGGUCUCAUACAAGAGUCCAUUCUGUGGAGAAGCCAUAUUCCUGCAUCGCCUGUGGGAAAACAUUCCUUCGGAUAUCACAAUUGAGGUCUCAUACAAGAGUCCAUACUGGGGAGAAACCAUAUUCCUGUAAAAUAUGUGAAAGAGGUUUCACAUGUUCUGGUAACUUACUUGUCCACAUGAGAAGAAGCCACAAGGAUGAAGCGUCAUAGAUGCAACUCCUGUGAGGAAAUAUUCUGAGCAACUGUUAAGAUUAGAAAGCCAUUGAAGCUUUUUAUUAAAGCUGUGUGAAUUUCCUGUUAGUUUUUGGUAUGGAUAUGUGUAUACUGGCUAGAUUUGUAUAAUAAUACAUUGAUAUAAUAAAGUAAAGAUGACUGGUG